AUGAGCAAUACUACCGUACCGUCAAAUGAUGCCAAUGUGAUGCUUGAUCUGGGUCUAGUCAACCCAGACGGGCUUGAGGUUGCAUCUGAAGUAACAUCGUUGGCAUGUAUUACCGUACUGGCAUUGGCGCUAGGUGCCAAGACCUAUGGUGAAAAACUGAAAUCUUUAAAUUAUGGCCGUGUAUUGGUCAUUAUGCUGUAUACGCUCUCCUGGGCGUUUGCAGCGACAUCUGUCAUUGUGGUGUCUACUAAUAAUAAUAAUCUGGUGUCUUGUACACUUGGCAUGUUGGCUUGCGAUUUCUUUUAUGCUGGCAGUAAGAUUGCAAUUUAUGCAUGGCUGAUUGAACGUGUGCACCUGGUUACUGCUGUAAAGACAACACGACUCAAGACUGCACAGUACAAAUUUCAUAUCAUCCUGCUCUGCCCCUAUAUCAUUAUCUUUGUGCUCAUGCUGAGCUUUAGAAACAUCUAUUUGGAAGCAGAUGGCACAUGUACGAUUGGAUUGCAAGACGUUGCUAGUAUUCCAUUGUUGGUAUAUGACUUUAUUUUCAACUUGUAUUUAACAUGGCUUUUCAUGAAGCCGCUUACAAACAUCGGGCGAAAUACCCGUCAAGACUGGAAAGUAACCAGAUUAUACAAAUUAGCAAGACGAACCCUGGUAGCAUCCGUCGUGUGUCUGUCUGUCUCUUUCAUCAAUGUGCUGUUUGUGGUGAUCAGCCAUGGCCAUCAAAGAGGCUUGGUGUGCCUGACAAUGUGUACUGUGGAUGUCACGGUCAAUGUUGUCACUGUUCAUUGGGUUACAACAAGUGGUACAUCCAGUUCAGGUAAUAACCGAACCAAGACUCACAAUGACGAGCAUAUGACAGCCGAUAUGACAUUUGAUGGUGAUAAUCAUGAAAAAUCCAUGAAAUUUGACAUACAGAUGGUUCAACCUCACAUCGUGGAUGAUGAUGAUGACAGUAUUACCUCCGUUCAAGCAUCCAACACUAGCAAAAAACCAAUUAGCCACUAUUACAACUAA